AAUGGCCAAGGGUACUGGGAACUUCAUGACUCUGCGCAGCAGUCUUAGAGAGUAUGGUGCUGAUGCCAUCAGAUUCGCUCUAGCUGAUGCUGGUGAUGGUCUUGAUGAUGCAAAUUUUUCGUCAGGUGUUGCCAAUGCUGCUGUUUUGCGGCUUACUAAAGAACUCUCAUGGAUGAAAGAGGUCAUGCAUACCACGGAGUCAUCUUUAAGAGUAGGAGGUAAAUAUACGUUUGCAGAUCGGGUUUUUAAUAAUGAGAUGAAUAUUGCAGUAAAAAAUACAAAAUUCAACUAUGAGCAUUACAUGUUCCGUGAGGCUCUGAAGACGGGGUUUUAUAAUCUUCAAGCUUCGCGAGAUGAAUACAGAUUGAUGUGUGGUCCGACCGGGAUGAACCGUGAUCUAUUGUGGCGAUUCGUGGAUGUCCAAAUCCGUCUUAUCACACCUAUGUGUCCUCAUUUUGCUGAGUAUGUCUGGAGGGUACUUUUAGAGAAAGAAGGGUUCGUAGUUAAAGCGUCGGGUUGGCCUAAAGCUGAUGAGCCAGAUUUAAAUCUUAAGUGGGCGAAUAAGUAUAUGCAGGACUUGAUAUCCCGGAUGAGAAAAUUGCUUCGUAAAAAAAUGUCAAAGAAAGGAAGCAAUGAGAAGAAGUUGGGGGUAUCAGUUGUAGUGGUUGUCAAAGAGGAAUUUGAUGGAUGGAAUGCAGAGUGCUUGAGGAUCUUGCGGGGCAAGUAUGAUACGGAGGAAUGUUGUUUUGCACCCAAUAGAGAAAUACUUGAUGCCUUGGAGAAGAGCUCCCUAUCUCAGCCUCUGGAGCUUUGCAUGCCUUUUAUAAGAUUCAAGCAAGAUGAAACUUCUGAAUUUGGCGUUCGUGCUUUGGAUUUGAAACUUCCCUUUGAAGAGAUGAAGUUACUUGAAGAAAACUUAGAGCUAAUCAAGACACAAGUUGGGGUUGAAAAUGUGCAACUCUGUUCUGUAAAUGACCUAAAUACUCUAAUUGACAGAGCCGGUGACCUUGCAAAUAUAAAUCCUCCUUCUCCUGGAAAUCCUACUCCCAUAAUCAUGUUUAUGUAACUUUGAAGGUGGAGCAAUGGAUGACACUUUGAUGUAGGGGUGGCACAAAAAGGGAAACCGAAAGAGACUGUCCCAAAACCAACCUGAAAUUAAUGGAAAAAAGACCUGCCACUUUGGACGUCCUGAUGUUCAAAAUACAACCCAAACUUUCGACCACAACUCCACAAGACUACUGAAGUGUAAAACAAUAGCAAAGUUGGUUCAGAGGUUGAACUUCUAGGAUUUUUGUACUGUGGGCAGUGUCUGCGGUUAAAGGAAGGUGGAGCAACAGAUGACACUUUUGAUGUAGGAGUGAGCACAAAAAAGGGAAACCGAAGGAGACCGUCCCAAAACCAACCCAAAAAUUCUUUCCCAAGAUACACAAGAGGUGCAUACUUCAAGGAAUGAUUAGAGGUUGGG